AUGGGCCAGUCAUCGUCACGUGACUCGACGUCGUCGUCUAACCCCAGCGGUGCCCCUCAACAACCACAUCGGAAUCGUCUGGUGCAGCGGCUCCAGACUCAUCUGCGCCGUCGACGUCCGGAGGCCCCCGCUGCCACCAUGUUUGUACCGCAACGCCGAAGGCGAUCAGCCACAGAUUCCGUCCGCAGCGAACGACGCAAACGUAGAGUUGAGGACGACUCUGAGGUGGCGGAAACACAGGCAGCUGUAGGAACAGCAACAGGGGCUACGGCAACAACGACGAAUACGGAAACGUCGAGCUCCCCACCUGGUGGAACUCCCCAGGCUGCUGCAUCUACUUUAGGAGAGGCUUCCAUCGAUGCCUCAGAAACACAACCCUUGCUGGAGAACAUUCUGGAGGAACCCGAGCCUGCAUCCACACGGAAUUCGGGUGUGCCGACGGGCGGAAUUCCAGGCAUGGACAUUCCAGGUAUGUCGAAUGAACGGCAGCCACGUAAUCAGUCGGUCAUGUUGUCUCGAUUGUUGUUUCUGGCCUCUGCCAUGACCGCAUCUUCGCUUGUGGGCACCGAGUUUGGCUUCCAGAACGGCGGAGGUACCGGAUCAUCCUCAGACGACUUUGACCGGUUCCUCUCUGGACUUUCGCGAGGUCUGCUCUCACCUGAGAUCACUGCUCGUGAACCCUCUGGGGCGGAAGGUGUUCGACCCCUCAACUACUUUCGAAUGUUUAGAUUCCCUCCGACUGAAGGAUCCACGUUUGUUCCUGUGCUUGUGGUCGGAAUUAGAUCUUCGGAAGAUAACGGACAGGGACCCAAUGCGGAGAUCACCACUGAUUCCAUGCCGUUUUUCGAAGCAGCCACCUCCAGACCCAUUCGUCUGAGUGAACCCACCGACACAGUAGAGUAUAACCCUCUUCGCUCGCGCUACGAGCGUGGUAGAUCUAUCUUGGAUCAAUUCAUGAGCGACUUUGGCCCAUCAUUCAACAACCCAGAUAGACAGGGUAGCACAGACUCGUUGACGGAAAUGCCCGACUCGGCAUCCACUUACCAUACCCCUCUGGCGAGCACGGAACAAGUCGACGAUGCCGGUUCUGCAUCUGCUUCCGCCAUUUCUCCUGCUGUGGCUCCUCAUCCUCUCAUCCCUGCCACUUCUCCGGCUUCACAGACUGCCCCACCUCUGCCUAGCCUCCCUUCACUGCCUCCUCCGACUGGUGACAACGCCAAUGAACCUCGGAAUACUCGAGAGUCGCUACGAGAAGCCAUCCCCGAGCGCCCCCUGAGACAGUCAUGGAUCGUCUAUGUCUUUGGAGGCACGUACCCUGAAGACCAUCCCAUUCUCAAUGCGGCUUCUCUGUUCACAGAUGAACCUACCAUGGAGGAUCUGUCCCUGUUGGAAAGGCAUCUGAGCCCCAUGAAGAACCAUCUGGCUACCCAGGAGGACGUGGAGCAGGCUGGAGGAUUGUCGACGGUGAAAGAGUUCAUCGAGGGCGAAAAAUGCCCUAUUUGCAUGACGGAUUACGAAAAGGGCGACGUGUGUCGGCAGCUCAAUAAGUGCCAUCACGAGUUCCACAAGGACUGUGUGGAUCAUUGGCUCCUGACUGGAUGCAACUCGUGUCCCAUGUGUCGAGGCGAGGGAGUUGCCAGGGCUUAA